AUGGCAGACGACGAAAACGCAAUAGUCAUCGGCAUUGACUUCGGCACGACUUGGGCAUUCUCUGGUCAACCCAACGACAUCGAGGUCAUCACCAGAUGGGAAACGGAGCUCAACUUUGCCUCGGACACCGAGAAGACGCCAACCACCGUUCUUUAUGAAGGCACCCAAGGCGCCAUCUCUUGGGGCCAUGGAGUCUCAGUUGAAAAGAGCCCGGAUGCAAUGAAGUGGUUCAAGCUUCUCCUGAUUGAUGAUGCCGACCUUCCCGAGAAACUCCAGACUUCUUCGCAACUUGCUACAGCUAGAAAGCUAGUGAGAGAAGCGAACAAAGUCCCUGUUGAGGUGAUCAGCAGUUAUCUUCGACUUCUGUGGAAUCAUACCAUUGAGUGCAUUGGUAUCUCUGCGGGAAAUGACCUCAUCAAGAUGUGCAAGUUCCACGUUGUCAUCACCUUGCCCGCUAUCUGGCCAGACUAUGCGAAGGCUCGAAUGAAGCGAGCAGCCGAAAAUGCCGGUCUUCUCAAUAAACGCCUUGCUGGAGCGACCACAUUGUCCUUCAUUUCGGAGCCCGAGGCCGCAGCUCUGGCUACUUUGAAGGAUCUCGCAGGACGACCAAACAUCAAGGUGGGCGACUACUUCGUUGUUUGCGACGCUGGAGGAGGCACCGUCGAUCUCAUCAGUUACGAGAUCCUCAAGCUGAAGCCGAUGGUCGUUCGAGAAGCCAUCAAGGGAGAUGGCGACCUGUGUGGCGGCGUCUUUCUUGAUGAGGCAUUUGUUGAACUCCUCAAGAACAAGGUCACCCCUCAAGCUUGGAGCAGUAUCCCUAAGGAUGAUGCCGCGAGCAUCCUCAAUGGAGACUGGGAACACGGAAUAAAGCAGCAAUUCGACGGUCAAGUUCGCGACUGGCACAUUAAGCUGCCUCCCGAGUGCAUAGCCAAAGGAACACCUAAUCGCGGCAUCAAGCGGAAGAGAAACCUGAUUCUCAACUUGCAAGACCUCACCCCUGUGUUUGACCCGAUUGUCACCAAGAUUGCAGCACUCGUGCAAAAGCAGAUCGAUGGUGUUCGCUCCAAGUCGGGCAAGCUCCCUACGAACGUCAUUCUAGUCGGAGGAUUUGGCAGAUGCCGCUACCUCCGUACUCAUCUUCAACGCACCAUUGACAAGAACAUUGCGCUUCUUCAGUCUUCGGGUACCAAGCCCUGGACCGCCAUCUGUCGUGGUGCAGUAAUCCAAGGUCUGGACCAUUUAAACCUGUCUUCUGGACUUUCAAUCAGCGUCAAGUCUAGAAUCGCCCGAGCUAGCUAUGGAAUCAAGUAUAGGACGACCUUCGAUCCCAAGAUUCACAGCAAGAAGUCCAAGAUCUGGUGCAAAGAAGAGCAGAAAUGGAAAGCAGGUCACCAGAUGGAGUGGUUUCUCGAACAGGAGAUUUCAGUCACCUUAUUUAUCAGCACUGCUUGGCCUCCUCCAAAAGAGAUGAACAGCCAUGUCAAGCAGCUGUGCGACAUCACUUUCAGCAAGAAACUCGACUUCGAGAAUCUGCCACAUUGGACCAAUCCGUUGGGAAAGGUGUUCUACGAACUGAAAUACCAUGUCGACAUGAGCUGCGCCGGUGCGAGCAUUGACUUUACCGUCAUUCAUAACGGCCAGAGCGUGGGAGCCAAGAACGUUUCGGUGACCUUUGAGUCUGAGGAAGGCGACAUUAAAGCGGGAUCUAGCACCGCCUGA